AUGGACCGCAUAUCUCAGGCAGAGGAACACGAGCGAUGGCUCCAAGAGAUAAGAGGACAGUCAAGCGAUCGGCAUCUCCGUGUUGUGCAGGAGGACCUAGCACGUGAUCUCAUUGGCGCUCUGUACGAUCAAGCCUUUGACAUGGUCAAUGAUCGCUGCGCUACCAACGUCACGCUGGUCGUGGAUAUCAAUGGCCCUGGUCAGAUCUUCCAUGGCCUAGAAGAGAUCGCAGACUACUUCGAGAGGAACCAAGGCCUCUUGUUGAUAAAGAUGGCCAUUGUCGAUCGCUUCCGCGUAACCUGCCCCCUCGAGUUCUUUUCGGACCGCGACGAAAUUGGAGAAGCCUACAAGCAACGCAGAUUGAUCAUCAUAGACAUGAACAACGAUCACAAGGUCAUUCGUAUCGAGAUGAGACCUGUUGGUCCCAAGGAGGCAUUCGAUCCGGAUGCGCUGAUUCCGCGACGUUGUUCAACGUUCGAUGUUGACAACUCUCUUUGA